AUGGCCUGGCUAAUGACGUUGGGCAUGCUGGCGGUGGUGCUCCCGUCGCUCUACAUCUACACUGCGUCCGUCAUCUCGGCACGCCUCCCGAUUCUGCGCAACAAGCGCAUCUGUCUGCUCAUCGCCCACCCGGAUGAUGAGGCCAUGUUCUUUGCGCCCACGGUGCUGGCGCUCACCCGGCCUGAGACGGGCAACCAUGUCAAGAUCCUCUGCUUGAGCAGCGGCAAUGCCGAUGGCCUUGGCGAGACUCGGAAGCGUGAACUCGCCAAGUCCGGCGUGGUCCUUGGCCUGCGCAAGCCCGACGACGUGUUUGUGGUCGACAAGCCCGAGUUUCCCGACAGCAUGACGACGACGUGGGACACUUCAGCCAUCUCGUCGCUCCUGUCGACGGCCUUUGCGCCCCACCUGUCGCGAGGAGAACGACCGGCACGCGACGCCAAUACCGCGCCCACGGCCACCAUCGACGUCCUCAUCACCUUCGACGCCGGCGGCGUCUCGGGCCACCCGAACCACAUAUCGCUGUACCACGGCGCCAAGGCCUUCGUUGCCGCGCUGAUAGCCGGCAAGCCAGGCUGGACCCCGCCCGUCGAUCUCUACACCCUCACUUCGGUGCCCCUACCGCGCAAGUACACGGCGUUUCUGGAUGUCUUAGCUACCCUGGUUAGCUGGGCGGUGCGGGCGGAUAAGCAGGACAAGAAGCACCCUGGGGGACUGAUCUUCCUCAAUGGUCUGGCCGGUCACGGAGGCAUCACCACGGCGUGGAAGGCCAUGGUCACGGCUCAUAAGAGCCAGAUGGUCUGGUUCCGCUAUGGCUGGAUCACCUUGAGCAGGUACAUGUAUAUCAAUGAUCUGAGGCUAGAAAAGGUCACGGGGAGGUGA